UGAAUGAAUAAGCAUUGGAAAGAAAAGCGUCGCGUGCAUGUUUUAUUUUCGGUAAUUGAAAAGUUUUCUUUUUUUUAUUUCUUCUUUGGUUAGUUUUUUUAUCGAUCUAUUUUUCGGUUUUUCUAUUUUAUUUCGUUUUUACUUUUGUAUUGUUUUUUUUUUGGUUUUGUACAUCGUACUCGUCGUAUAGCGGAUAAAAAUUGUUUUUAAUAUUUAAUUUUUUUUUAUUUCCGUAACUUUAAGACGUUGAAUAUAAUAAAAACAAAGGAAAAAAUAAUGCCCACAGCUAUGAUAUUUUGAAGCGCGUUUACGCUACGCUACAAUUUUAUUUUUCGUUUUCUAACAAAAAAAAUUGUUUUUUUUUUAUUAUUUUUAAUAUUUUUUUUAUUAAAAAAAGAAAAAUAAGAAUAAUAUGUUUAUGUAUAUUAAAAUAAAAAAAAAAUAUCACAGAAUUUAAAAAUAAUUUAUUGCUUUUUUUUCUGGUUUCAUUGUGUUAUGUGAUCUCAAAAUUAAAAAUAAAUAUAAUUAAAGAUUAAAAUAUAAAAAAAAAAUCUGGGAAUUUUGUAAAGUUCUCGUAAAUAACCGAAAUUUUACACCAUUGCUAGUUAUAACCACCCAACAAAAGAAAGAAAAAAAAUAUUUAUACACUUAAAUUAUUUUGUUAACUGCAAAAAUAUUUUGUAUAAAAAAAAAUUAUUAAUAAAUUAAAUUAAAAAAUUAAUUAAAUAAAAAAAAUUUAUUUAUAAAAUCAUUAAACAAAAAAGUACAGCAAAAUUUGUAAAAAAAAUUACGUGUAAAUUAAAUAUGGGAAUGUACACAUUUAUGUACGUACAUACAUUCGUAGCAUACACAUAUACAGUAGGAUCUGGAUUAUGUCACAUCGAACAACGCACAGACAUUUGUGACGUCAUACGAGUUGUGAAAAUAAACAGGAUCCAUUUAUAAUAACACAUAUUGGGAAAAUAGACGUGCCUUCAUCAUUAUAACACUGAAUUUAUUCAAGCCGUUUUAUUAAUGUGUUCAAAGUAUUAAUGAUAAUUAAAAUUUAUGUAAAAUUAAUGCAAAAAUAAUUUAUGUAUAUGAAAAUUCAAUAGAUUUAAACGGAAAAUUACUUGAAUAUUUUGAGUACGUUGAAUUAUUGAAGGAAAAUGAAAAUGAAAUAAAAAUAAAUAUAACGUGAAACUUAUUGAAACUAAAUGGAAAAAAAUUAAUUAGAAUUAUACAUGUAUGUGUAUAAAAUAAAAAUAUUAAAAAUAAAUAAAACAAGUGAAAUUCACAAUAUUCAGAAUUUGAUAAGAGUGAAAUAAAAGCAAAACACUAAAAUAUGAAGUGUUUCAUUAUAUCAAAGAAGAGAAAAGUUAAAAUUUAUUUUAAAUUUAUUUAUCAAAAAUAAAAAUUAACUCAAAAAAAAUAAAUAAAUAACAGAAAAUAUUAAAAAAAUGAAUUUCGAAUUUAAACUCGAAUUCAUUAUAUUUUAUUUGAUCUCAUCAUCAUCAUUAUUUUUAACAUCAUCCAAACGAACACGGUCUAAAGAUCGCAGUUUAUUGACACAAGUUAAUCAAACUUACAGUCCAACAAAUGAUAUAUAUAAUUACAAAAGCUAUAAUAAAAUAAAUAAUAAUUAUAAUAAUAAUGAUAUAAAUUCAAUGAAAUAUAAUAUAAAUAAUGUUAAUAAUAACAAUAAUGAUUAUAGUAUAAAAAAUGAGUUACCAAUUGUUAAUUUAGUAUUUGUUAUAUUACUGACAUAUGAUGAAAUCGAUAAUGCUAAUGAUUGUAUAAUGUCAAAUGUUAUGCCAACAAUUGAAUUGGCAAUUAUAAAAAUUCAAGAAAAUAGUGAUUUAGUAUAUAAACCAAAUGUAACUGUUAUUGCACGUGAUACAUUUUGUCAAUCAACAUUUGGUGGUAUCGGUCUAUUUGAAAUUUAUUCACAAUAUCCAACAAUAAAUGUUAUAUUUGGUUUAUCAUGUGAAUAUGUAUUAGCACCGAUAUCACGUUAUGCUGGUGUUUGGGAAAUACCAGUUAUAAGUACAUCUGGACGUGCAAUAUCAUUUAAUGUUAAAGAAAAUCAUUAUGAUACAUUAACACGUAUGAUGGGUAGUUCCGAUAUGGCUGGUAAUGCUGUGAAAUUAUUAUUAAAUCAUUAUAAUUGGACAAUAACAGCUAUAUUAGGUCAAAAUAUUAUUAAAGAUCCAACAAAAACUGGUAAUUCAGUUUGUUAUUUUUGUUUGGGUGCUGUUAAACAUACAUUAGGUGAUAUGUCACUUGUUAAUGAAUUUUAUAAUACACAAAUGGAUAAGGAUAAUGCAACAAAAUAUUUACAACGAUUUUCAAAAUUUACAAGAGUUGUAAUUAUGUGCGCUGACCCAGAGUCUAUUAGAGAAAUAUUAUUAGUAGCUGAGGAAUUAAAUAUGAUUGAUAGCGGAGAAUAUGUCUUCAUUAACAUUGAGUUAUUUUCCAGAGUCCCGCAAGGUAAGGCACAACCCUGGUUUAAUGCAAAUGAUACUCAAGAAAACAAUGAAAGAGCGAAAAAAGCAUUUUCUGCACUUUUAACUGUUUCUCCAAAACAACCAGAUAACGAUGAAUAUACUAAGUUCUCUGAGGAGAUCAAAUCAAUAGCAACAAAAAAGUAUAACAAAACUUAUGAACCAGAUGAAUCAAUUUCAACUUUUGUCACAUCAUUUUAUGAUGCAGUGCUAUUAUAUGCAACAGCAUUGAAUGAAAGUGUCACUGAAAAUGUUGAAACAAUAUAUCAUCCAAUUAAUGGCAGUGAUAUGGUAAGACGUAUGUGGAAUCGUACAUUUGAAGGCAUUACCGGUAAAAUCCAAAUUGAUUCAAAUGGAGAUCGUGUUACAACGUAUGCUCUAUUAGAUAUGAAUCCUGAAACAGGAUAUUUUGAAAUUGUUGCGAAUUUCUCUGAUAAUCAAUUACAAUUUGUUGAGGGUAAAACAAUUCAUUGGGCUGGUGGUAGAACAGAAGCUCCACCUGAUAAACCAAAAUGUGGUUUCGAUGGUUCUUUAUGUGCUCCUCCACCAAUUUAUGCAAUACUAUCAGUUGUACUUGGGAUAUCGGUUAUAGUUUUAAUAAUAGUUUCUUUCAUUGGUUUUCGUUAUUAUAAAAAUGAAGCUGAAAUUAAUUCUAUGACAUGGAAAGUAAAUCAUAAUGAAGUUUUGCCAUGCGAAACAAACGAACGCCAUACAAGAACAGGUUCAAUGCAUUCUUUAGCAAAACGGGGCAGUCAACUAACAAUAUAUUCAGAAGAAGUAUCAUUACCUGGUGAUCGUCAAUUAUACAUACCAAUUGCAUUCUAUCGUGGUUGUAAAGUUGCUAUCAAAUAUAUUAAUGAAACCAAUGUUAAUUUAAAUCGUCCACUUAUGUUAGAAUUAAAACGAAUGAAAGAUAUACAACAUGAGCAUUUAGUAAAAUUUUUUGGUGCAUGUUUAGAUCCACCAAAAUGUUUUCUUUUAACAGAAUAUUGUCCUAAAGGUUCCCUUCAAGAUAUUUUGGAAAAUGAACAAAUUCAACUAGAUUGGAUGUUUAAAUUAUCUUUAAUGCAUGAUAUUGUACGUGGAAUGCAUUUUCUACAUUGUUCUGAAAUAAGAUCUCAUGGAAAUUUAAAAUCUUCAAAUUGUGUAGUAGAUUCGCGUUUUGUUCUUAAAAUCUGUGAUUUUGGUUUACAUCAAUUAAGAAAAGCCAGUAUAGAAGAUGAUGAAGAGAAUUGUAAUAGUUAUGCUUAUUGGAAGAGAUUACUUUGGACUGCACCUGAAUUAUUAAGAAUGCAAAAUACACCAAGAGAGGGUACACAAAAAGGUGACGUGUAUUCAUUUGGUAUAAUUGUACAUGAAAUUGUUACAAGACAGGGUACAUUUUAUUUAGGAUCAAAUGAUAAGUCACCAAAAGAAAUUAUCGAAUUGGUGACAUUGGGACCUUCUUCAGCUAAACAACCGUCACAACCAUUUAGACCAUACAUUGAUGAAAGUGAAAAUACGUAUGACGAUAUUGAUCAAAUAAUGGUAAAAUGUUGGGCAGAAGAUCCAUUUGAUCGUCCAGAUUUCGGAAGCCUAAAAUCUACUAUCCGAAGAAUUAACAAAGAAAAUGAAACUGGUAACAUUGUAGAUAAUUUAAUGAAGCGUAUGGAAAGAUAUGCCAACAAUUUAGAAGGAUUGGUACAAGAAAGAACACGUGAUUAUUUAGAAGAGAAACGUAAAUGUGAAGAAGUUUUAUAUCAAUUAUUGCCAAAGAGUGUUGCAGCACAGUUAAUACGUGGACAACCAGUUCUUGCUGAAACAUUUGAUCUAGUCACUAUAUAUUUUAGUGAUAUUGUUGGUUUUACAGCUAUAUCGGCUGAAAGUACACCAAUGCAAGUUGUGCAAUUCUUAAAUGAUUUGUAUACGGAAUUUGAUUCAAUUGUAAAUAAUUUUGAUGUAUAUAAAGUUGAAACAAUUGGUGAUGCUUAUAUGGUUGUAUCUGGUUUACCAAUACGUAAUGGUACCGAACAUGUCAGAGAAAUCGCCCGACUAGCACUAGCUUUAUUAGAUUCAGUACAUCGUUUUAAAAUUCAUCAUAGACCAAAUGAUCAAUUGAAAUUACGAAUUGGUUUACAUUCAGGGCCGUGUGUUGCCGGAGUUGUUGGUUUGAAAAUGCCACGAUAUUGUUUAUUUGGUGAUACCGUUAAUACAGCAUCAAGAAUGGAAUCAAAUGGUGAAGCUUUAAAAAUUCAUAUAAGUCAUAGUACAAAAACACUGUUAGAUCAAUUUGGUUCAUUUAUAAUGAAAGAACGCGGCUUAGUACCAAUGAAAGGUAAAGGUGAAAUGAGAACAUAUUGGUUAGAAGGUGAAAAACUACCAAUGAUAACUGAUGCCAGAAAUUUUUUAAAACAAAAUCAUAAUCGACGUAGUGCUCAAAGUUUAUUAGGGGGUUCACAAAAAAAUAUUGUUUUAAAUUCAAAUAACCUAAAACAUAAUUUUGAUUUAAGUAAUAGUCAUUCAAUGAAUAGUGAUCCAAAUUUUUCAAUAACAAACCCAGCAUCAACACCUACAGGAACAACGUUAGCUAUCACAAAUUCAAUCAAUUUUGAUGCUGCUGACAAUUUAAAUUCACCAUUGAAAAUGAAUGGUAAAAUUAAGACUGAUAAUUCAUCAACUUCAAAUGUAUUUGUUAAUAAUCCUAAUGAAUUCAUAUCCAGUGAAAUUAGAAAUAAAAUUGAUAAUAAUAUUGAUAAUAUAAAUCAAAAUGAGGAUGAAAAAUAUUUUAAUGAUUUAAGUUUAAAUAUUUUAAAUAAAACAACACCUAAUUUAAGAAAUAGUAAUGCUGAUUGUAACGAAUGCAUUAGUGAUAAUAACAAAUUAUCAAAUAAUAUUACAAGUUGUCCAAAUCAACAGCAACAACGUCAGCAACUAUCAUCAACACAUGAACUACCACAUCAUCAACAACAGCAACAACAACAAAAUCAACAAUCGAAAAAUUUUUCUAGACAAAACUCGCAAACAAGUGGUCCCAACAAUGAUAAUGACGAUGAUAAUAAUCAACAAGUUGAAUUAGGUAUUGCGGUUGAUCAUCCAACAUCAUUUAAUAGUAAUAACAGUAGUAGUUGCAGUAGUAAUAAUCUAAUGGUUACAAAUGAUAAUAAUUGUAGUGAAUGUAAUUUACUAAAUAAAAAUUAUUGUAAUAAUAGUAAUUGCAAUAAUAGUGUUAAUUUUAAUAAUAUUGUUAAAACAAAUAAUAUUAAAAAUUUAAAAAUAAUUUGUAAUCCGAAUGAUGAUAGUGUUAGCAAGAGUGCUAAACAACCAUUACUAGCAAAAAUUAAUACAUAGGAAUGAAUUUUUUUUUUCGUAUAAUUAUUAAAAUACAUCAUAUAUAUACUUAAAUAUUAUAUAAUAUUUUAAAAUAGUUUUUAAUCUUAGGUAUAAAAAAAAUUAAAUAAAACUCAUUAUUGUGAAGAAAAAAUCAUCUUAAAAAAUUACCAUUACGAAUAAUAAUUCAUUAAAAACUUUUUUAAGAAAUUUACGUAUAAUAUUUUUUUAUUUGGAUAUUUUAAUGAAAUCAACUUUUGAACUGAAAUUAAAACUGUAUUUUAAAAUAAAUUAAACAAUUUAGUUUUAUAUUAAUUUAUUUCGUAAUUGCUUUAUAAAUAGCUCCGUUCAAUAAAUGUUUGCAAAAAUAUUUUAAAUCUUUGGUUUUAAUUCAUAUUUUUUUGUUUCAGUUUGAAUUAAUAAAAAAAAAAGAACAUUAAUACAAUACUUAAUAAAAAAAUAUACUUGAAGAAAUUUUAUACCCUAAAGUAAGCUAAAAAACUUUAACUUAUAAUAAUUUUUUAAUGUGGAUUUACAUUACUUUUGAACCAACGGAACAGAGGCCCAUUUCAUGUACAUUUUUGCAAACAAUAUUAAAUAAUACAAACACUCAUCAUUUACAUUAAAUUUUGACAACAAAAUAUUUAUUAUAUAUUUUUAAAUACAACCAAAUUAUUAAGAGCGUAAAUUAUGUAGAUUUUGAGUAUAAACGAUCCGUGGAUGUACUUUUAAGUUAUAAUGAGAAAAGUCUUAAAAUGAUUCUUAUAACAUUAAAACAAAAUUGGAUUUGCAUAUUUUCGAAAUGAGAUUUAAUUGAAACUUAAAAACAAAAAUCUUAAUAAAAAUAAAAUAGUAAAAAGCUGGUUUAAAAGCAAAACUAAGUGCAAAGAAAUUUUUGAAAUGACAACCCGUAAUUGAAUUCUCAUACAAAUAUGUGGUGUAAGCAUGCUGUAUAGUAUUUUUAAGACUUACAAAAUAUAUGCAUUUAAAAUAACUUACCUUAAGAAAAAUAUUAAAUAAAACAUAUUUAUUUACUGUUAGUUUACUUUAACUGAUAACGUUUUCAUUAACACUACUAUUUUAAUAUAAAUGCUAGCACUUUUAAAAAAUGCUGGCUUGCAUAUUUUAGAGAAAAGAUACUCCAUAUUAUAUUUAGAUUUUUUUUAAAACGCAACAUACUCUAUAGUUCAUAAAAAUGGUUCCAGAACCUUAAACACUGAGAAAAAACAUUUCUAUACUAUACAUAAAAUGACAGAUGCUACUUUUUUUUACUAUACGUAUAUAUUCCACGUAACAUGGGAAUAUGAAAUAAUUCAGACAUGCACUGAAAGUUCUAAAUUAAAUUUUAAAAGUUCUUUCCCGCAUGCUUACAAAUCUGUUAAAACUGAAUAUUUUUUUUUUUUGCAAAUUUAGAACAUACUCGGGUAAAUCUUUAAUAUCUAUUUAUAAUUUCAUAUUUUGACGAUUUUGCAUUUUAGAUUUAUCGAACAUGCUCCAUAUUAUGACUUAAGUUAGAGUUGAAUUAUUGAAAAAGAAACAAUAAACUGCUUCAGAUUUAUAUUAAAAAUAAAUUUCGUUCAACAAGGAAAAUAUUUGAAAUUACUAGAAAUAAAUUUUAUUCAGAAUAUCAUAAAAUCAAAUCAAGAUUAUCGCAAUGAUUGAGGAAAUUUUAUAUUAAAAAAAAAAUUAAUUCAAUAAAUACAAAAAAUAUAAACUUUU